AUGCGUCUCCAGAACAAAGUCGCUAUCGUCACUGGUUCAUCCUCUGGCCUGGGCAGAGCAAUCGCACUGCGAUAUGCACGGGAAGGCGCCCGUGUUGUUUGCGCAGACCUCUCGCUCACUGCGCGUUCUGAGGUCACCGAGGAAACGAAGAUCACUACUCAUGAAGCCAUCCACCAAGCUGGAGGACAGGCUAUUUUCGUAACCGUGGACGUGGGAGAUGCGGUGCGGAUGGAGAAUCUAGUACAGAGUGCGGUUGCGGAGUUUGGUCGUCUAGAUAUUCUGGUGAACAAUGCAGGCAUUGCGUUGGAAGCCCAGAAACCGACAAGGGUCCAUGAGACCGACGAAGAAACAUGGGACAAGACGAUGCGCGUCAACACCAAGUCUAUGUUCCUCGGAUGCAAGUACGCGGUGGCGCAGAUGCUGAAGCAAGAGGCGCAUGAAUCGGGUGAUCGGGGAUGGAUCAUCAAUAUGUCGUCGAUUUGCGGAAUUGUUGGGGCAACGCAAUCACCGUCCUAUUGCGCCUCGAAAGGAGCAGUCAGCAAUUUGACUCGCCAGGUGGCUUUGGAUUAUGCGCCGGAUCGCAUCCAUGUGAAUGCCAUUUGUCCUGGGUUUACCAAAACGGCGAUUCUGCACGAUUUCACGACCAAUGUGGCUAGUUUAGAUGUUCUACAAAGCGUUCAUCCUCUCGGGGCACCUGGGGCACCGGAUGAUAUUGCCCGGAUGGCGGUGGUACUAGCAAGCGAGGACGCGAAUUGGAUGACUGGGACGUGUGUGCCUGUGGAUGGAGGGUUUACGGCGCAGUAG